AUGCCUGCUGCUUCCCGUUCGCCCCGACGUAGGCACAUGAGAAGGCAUUUUACCGUGUUAAGCGAUGCAAAGCGUUCGACGAAAACAUUGGCGCACACUAGCUCUAGCACAUUCGCGCAGAAUCACGAUGGAACAUCACUGACGACGGAUGAGGAGUUAGACCGAACUCCUGGCCGUAGCAGCGAGGGAUCUAGCGGAUACCAUAAAUCUCCUGAUUUGACAGAUGACGAGUCCAUAGUCCUGGCAGGCUCGCAUCGGGUGUUCUCUAGUAAGCCUCCGCUGGCCUAUGCGUCACUUCCUCCUACGCCUAUUUCUCCUUCACCUCCGUCUCUCCUGCGACGAACGCCUGUCCUGUCGUUCCCCGCUCUGCCAACGUAUCCAUCUACAGAGAUACAUCAUGAGCCUCCUUUUUCAAUAUGGGAUUACCUUCAAGAAGAACUGUUGGCGACGGACUUUGACUCGCAUCAGGAGCUGAAGUGGGAGAGAGUCAGCAAUUUCUUGCACAUGCCGAUUGCGUUGGAGAAGAUAUUCUUCUUUGGUUUCAUCGUCUGCCUAGACUCAUUUCUAUACACGUUCACCAUUCUGCCAAUACGGUUUACCCUCGCCUUUCGGCGCCUCCUAUUGGUCCUGCUUCGUCGCGGAAGGACUACUUUCCCUCCAUCUCAAAAAGCGGAUAUACUCAAAAUGUUAUUGCUGUUUGUAUCAGUCUUCACCUUGAGUCCACUCACGGAUGCUAGCAAAAUGUAUCAUUUCAUCCGUGGGCAAGAUACUAUCAAACUGUAUGUCAUCUUCAAUGCGCUUGAGAUCGCAGAUCGCCUCUGCGCCUCUAUUGGGCAAGAUAUUGUUGAUUGUCUUCUCUCGCGGUCAACCCUUGAGGUGCUCUCGACACAGCAGCGGUGGACGCUAUCACUUUUGCGUCCAGCACUCUUCUUUUCUCUCGCUCUCGUUUACAAUGUUGCACACACUCUGGUUAUGCUAUAUCAAAUGAUCUCCUUGAACGUGGCGGUCAACUCCUAUGAUCAUGCUUUAUUGACAUUGUUGGUGUCGAAUCAAUUUGUUGAGAUCAAGGGUAGCGUUUUCAAGAAAUUUGAGAAGGAUAAUCUCUUCCAAAUCACUUGUGCUGGUAUGGAGAACGCUGGCAGCCUUCAAGACUUCUGCUUACAUUUUGAUGCGUUCCGUAAUCUCAUCGAAUUGAGUGGCUCGCCCUUCAAUCUUAGCGACGGAUCCGCUCUCCCACGGAGUUUUGGAUGGUUCCGAGGUAAUAAUGUCCUAUGGACGAUUUCAUACCCUGUCAUCACAGUCAUGGCAUCCGAGAUGGUGGUAGACUGGCUCAAGCAUGCUUUCAUUACGAAAUUCAAUCAUAUCCGCCCAUCAGUAUAUGAACGCUACACUGACGUCCUAUGUCGCGACCUCGCGAGCGGCCGUGCCCAUACCUACGUCGAUCAGUCUCCGCUAGUUGCUCGACGUCUCGGUUUCGCUUCUCUUCCACUAGCUGUGCUCGCCAUUUUAAUCGGAUCCCAGUCGAUCAGUCUUCUGCUCUCGAUGCACACGGAUGGCGACAUGCCUUGGAUAUGGAGACGCUCCUUCUCGGAGAUCUCAAGUGAUGAAUGGAUUAACUCUGCCAAAUGGGUGGCAAUAUCUGCACUUUUGUGGUUCUGCUGCGUAGUCAUCAAGGUUAUUAUGGGAAUGCAUCUCCUAGGCUAUGCCACAAGGCGCAGAGCGGGAAUGGCGGCUCGUGAGGCCGCAGAUACGGUGAAUGACUUCGGGAGAGAACCCAUAGGAGAGGGAAAGGAAGAACAGAUGUACAAUCGCGAACUCAAGACGAUGCUCGAUGACAGACGGGACGAUGCGUCGCCUGUGCCCGAUAUGGGGGAACGGAAGACUGGGACGGAGUCCGCACCAGCGGAAAGCAAGCGUAAAAGGCUUCCUUUAGAAGACAUCACCAGGUUCACGAUGGUCAAGCGCAUCUGGUGA